GCCAAGUCCGUGGCUCAGCAGAGUGCGACUUGGCAGCCGACGAGACAAGCACACAAAAGCAAUUAGCCCAGCCACCAACGGCUGCGUGGAGAAGCGUGCAUCGGCUCUGUUCACAAGUCAAAUUGGGGGUGUUAUUUAUAUCCAAAGGUCAGAACCCGUCCUGUUGGAGGGUUUCAGAUCUGCUAAAUGUGGGACGUUUACACCGCUGGCACGAAAAACAAAAGAAGUGUAA